AUGGAGGAUCUGCGGAAUGCCGACGAGUUGACGCGCAUUGCGUCCAACGUGGGCGACAAGCCGCACAAGAACGUCGAGGACUACGGCUGGCGGGCACCUGCGGCCGACGACUACGGCUCCAGCUUCGUUGCCGUCUUGGCACCAAACGGAGACGCCGUCGUCAUGGUCGCCUCGCUCAACUGGGACUUCGGCUCGCUGUGGCUGUCGCCGUCCACGGGCGUGCUGCUGAACAACCGGCUGGACGCGUUCUCGUACCCGGGCCGCGCGAGUUACCAGGGUUACCCGCAACAGACCACCAACCGCAUGGUUCCCGGCAAGAGGCCCAUGGCGUCAGCUACGCCGCUCUUGUUCACCACAGAGGAGCGCCUUGUGGGCGUCAUGGCACCCACUGGUGGACCGCUCGCUAUCACGGGGGCCGCGCAGGUGGCGAUGCGUGCCCUCUGGAUGAGGAACACCAUCAAAGAGGCCAUUGACUAUGGCCGCCUGCAUCAUCCGUUGCUACCAGACUCGGUCCGCGUCGAGGAAGACAUGGACGCGGUCAUCCAAGAGAGCCUGCAGCGACGCGGCCACCGGCUGCGGCACUUCCAGUGGCGAGGUACUGUCCAGGUCAUCGCUAAAAUAUCUGGACACGUGUUAACGGCGUACGAUGCCCGUGAAGGAUCGCCAGGAUACGACGGCGACUAACCCCGAUGCCAAGAAUAUUCGAGCAUGUGUGUUAUCUAACGCAUACACAUUUCAUAAUGUAUUCAUGAUUUUCUUUGCUGCAAUUGCUCUUUGUCCAAAAGCUUUGUGUAAAUGUAGUACUGAACGUCUCGACGCAUAUGUGAAGCGAUAUACACCACAGUCAAAGAAACGGAAUUGAAAAAGGUGAAUAAAAUCGCUUUCCCAGCAUUACUGCAUCAGCAUUUUUUUUAAGCCUACAUAAUAUAAAACACAGUGUAGAAUAAAAUAUUUUACAAUACUAUAUAAACUUAUGGUUUCAAACUUGCAAAGUUUCCUACCAGUGUGCUAAACAAGCUUUAUUGGAUAGAUACACAAUUUUACCUGCUUUGAAAGCAUUGCGUUAGUUGGGCUUCCCGGUGACCUCCUUGUCAUUGUCUGUGGCAAGAUAACCGUCUAUAAUGCACUUCCACGGACUCCUAGCAUG